AUGUCGUUUAAUGUGUACUGCAAAGUUUGUGGAGGGGUCGCGUACACCUGUUGCUUGAGGUAUCCCCACAAGAAAAAAGUCCAUUGGAGUCAGGGGACUUCCAAAACAGGUUUCUCUUGCACAGCUACUGUCAUACUAAAAGAUUUUGGCAAUCGUUUUGAAGCUGUAUAUUUUAAAGAACAUUACAAGCAUGAAAAAUCCCUUUGUCAUCUCCCUAUUCCUAAACAAGAAAAGCAAAGUAUAGCAGGUAAAUUAUUGCAGGGGGUGGAAGAGAAACGAAUUUUGCAAGAUGCAAGAUUCUCUUCGAGAGAUGAUAUUGAAACAAAACAGUUAAUAACGAGAAAAGACCUGCAUAACAUUAAGAGGGAUUUUGGUCUGAGCAUUAAUUCUAAAGGAUUAAUUUUAACAGAUGAUGAGACAAGUGUUUGGUCCUGGGUUAAUACGAUGUCGCAAAUGGAAUUCAACCCCGUUCUGAUGUAUAAACGUCAAGGAGAAAAAUAUGCAAAUGUAAACGAAAAUGAUUUCAUGUUAGCAAUAAUGACAGAAUUUAAAAAAAAAAAAAAAUGUUGAUAGAAUUUGGUAAUGAUAGAAUCUGUAUUGAUUCUACACAUGGAAUUUCUGCUUAUGGAUUUGAACUUGUAACAUUGCUUGUCGUUGAUAAGUAUGAAGAGGGCAUACCAGUUGCUUUCUUAAUAUCAUCAACAGUAUCAGAAAAAA